UGGGUUGUGGUGCUGGCUGCAUGUACUCACUCUUUGCUUGUCAGUGGAUUCCACAAUGCUUUUGGUGUGUACAUGAUUUCCUUACUUGAGACUUUCCAGUCAAGUAGGUCACGAACAGCCUGGAUUGGAUCAGUCAGUUAUGGUUUCAUUAUGAUUUUUGGUCCCGUUUCUGGAAAACUUUUGCAGAAAUAUGGAGCCAUCAAAGUAGCAAUAUUUGGAGCUCUGGUUGUCAUGUUAGGUGUUGUUUGUUCCUCUUAUGCUGGUGAUAUACGUGUUCUGUUUUUAACCCAUGGAAUCCUAGUAGGUGUAGGAUCAAGUUUCGCUUCUACUCCAGGCUUGAUAAUGGUGAGCCUUUACUUCACCACAAAGCGUUCCUUUGCAACUGGGAUUGUGAUGGCUGGUGGGGCAGCAGGAACUCUGGUACAGAAUCAGGUGCAUCGAUACCUAAUCAAGGCAUUUGGAUGGAGAACUAGUCUGCGUGUGUAUUGUGGAAUUCUAACAAUAUGUAUUUUUGCUGGGUUUGCAUACAGACCACUUGAAAAACGAAGACAUCCAAGUGUUGUUGAAAACUUUCAGACAUCAACAUUAAGAGGUUUUAUUGUAGAUCUGAGUUUAUGGAAGGAUAGUAUCUUUGAGUUAUGGGUUUGUGCUCUUGGAUUAGCAAAAUUUGGAUUCUUCAUACCCUUUGUGCAUAUGAUGAAACUUGCAGGUGACUUGGGCAUUUCUUUGGAUGAUGCAUCAUACAUUAUGGUAGGAAUUGGAAUAAGCAGCCUGCUUAGUUCUCUUCUAUUUGGGAAGAUAUGUGAUUUAGAAAGUAUCAACCGCCUUUAUAUUAACCAGGCAUCUGUACUGUCUGUUGGGCUGUUGUACUUGACAAUUCCUUUGUGCACAACUUUCCCCUCCCUAAUUGCUUUUGGCUCGCUGUUGGGAUUUUUUGAUGCAGGAAACUAUGUUCUUUUACCUGUUCUAACGCUAGACUUGAUGGGAGCAGAGAAAAUGCCUGUGGCCUGGGGAUUUAUGAUGGCUGUCCACACAAUUAGUUGUUUUGGUCCACCAUUUGCAGGCUGGAUAUAUGACUUAUUAGGAAGUUACAACAUUGGAUUUGUAGUGCCUGGACUUUGCUCUGUUGCAGCAGCAGGUAUUCUUGCUUUCAUUCCACGGCUUAAAAAUACAGCAGUACAACAGAAGAAGAACAUUAUUCAUGCUUCUGUUUGUGAGAUAACAAACAGUAUAAUACCUUGGGAGUCACCACCUCAUUCAAUACAGAGUCUAAAUGAUUCAUAUACAAAGUACAGUUCUGUUUGGACUUCCAGAGCAGACUUACCUAAAGUUGACGAUACUACUGUAGCAUCUUCAAUAGAAAGCACAGCAAAGGUAGAACAAGUGUUUCUUGAAGAAUGUGAUGCUUCAGAUUCAAAAAAAGAAGCAUAUGUGACUUUUGUACAUGUUGAACAAUGUGAAGAUGAAGCGCUACAUGAUGAAGGCACAGCGAAGGUAGAAGAAGUACCUCUUGAAGAAAAUGAGGCUUCGGAUUCAAAAAAAGCAGCACACGUGGCUUUCAUAGAUGUUGAACAACAUGAAGAUAAAGAUGUACAUGAUGAAGGCACAGCGAAGGUAGAAGAAGUACCUCUUGAAGAAGGUGAGAUUUCAGGUUCAAAAAAAGAAACACGUGUGACUUUCGUAGAUGUUGAACAACAUGAAGAUGAAGACCUACGUGAUGAAGGCACUGCAAAGGAAGAAGUAACUGUUGAAGAAGAUGAGGCUUCAGGUUCCAAAAAAACAGCACGUGUCACUUUCGUAGAUGUUGAACAACAUGAAGAUGAAGACCUACGUGAUGAAGGCACUGCAAAGGAAGAAGUAACUGUUGAAGAAGAUGAGGCUUCAGGUUCCAAAAAAACAGCACGUGUCACUUUCGUAGAUGUUGAACAACAUGAAGAUGAAGACCUACGUGAUGAAGGCACAGCAAAGGAAGAAGUAACUGUUGAAGAAGAUGAGGCUUCAGGUUCCAAAAAAACAGCACGUGUCACUUUCGUAGAUGUUGAACAACAUGAAGAUGAAGACCUACGUGAUGAAGGCACAGCAAAGGAAGAAGUAACUGUUGAAGAAGAUGAGGCUUCAGGUUCCAAAAAAACAGCACGUGUCACUUUCGUAGAUGUUGAACAACGUGAAGAUGAAGACCUACGUGAUGAAGACACAGCAAAGGUACAAGAAAUACCUCUUGAAGAAGGUGAGGCUUCAGGUUCAAAAAAAGCAGCACAUGUGGCUUUCGUAGAUGCUGAGCAACAUGAAGAUGAAGACCUACAUGAUGAUGAACAAAAAUGAUCCAAGUAUCACCAGCAGUAGUUAAAUCAGUGGUAUGAAAACAAAUGGAUCUUAAAUUUAGAUAAAGCUAUUCAACAUGUCAGUAAUAAUUUACUCUGUUAUGCUAUAUUCUAAGUUGAUGGAGAAUUGACUAACAUUUGUUAGAUCAUUCUUGUUUUAAUUAUACUUCUGUUUCAUAAUUCAUAUAUAAAAUCAGUUUGUUUAAUAUUGUAUGUAAAAUUGGAACAUUCAAGCAUUUUAAAAUA